GUGGGUGGGAACCUUAAAAUCCAGGUUUAAGGAUGAAAAGCGUGAAGCGUCAGGAGAAGGGUCUAUUACUCAGCAACGGGCAUUGGCGUCGCGCGUGACGGUGGGUGCGAGAACUUCCCUGACGCCCGGUUGCUUUCGUCUCGGAGCAAGGAUGAAGGAACACCGAAGCGCUGACGGUGAAAACUUUCAAGCGACAGACAGAUCCCUGUUCUCAGUGCCCAUUCUUGGCCUGCCCCACGGUACUCAAGAGCCACAGCAGCAAGGGAAGCCUUGCUGCGCCACUUCGCUCCUAGUAUGGAGAGGCCAUACGGUUGAGUUGGCACUGACUCAAUGUCAGCAUCAGAAACUGCAGAGGCAAAAUCCCAGCAAGAACAGACUCCUCAAAGAUUUAAACCAGCAAACUCAAAAGAGUUUCUACUGGACCUGUGCAAACUGAAAUUUUUCAAAGCUGGAUUUUCAGAGAAACAGUAUUGCUGGUACAAAAGCAGUUCAUCUUCCAAAGACCUUCUCCAGAACAGAGGACUUGACACAAAAAUUCUCAGGCAGUAGUCGGCACGGGCCAAACUACCUAUCUCUUCUUACUUGUUUCUCAGACGUGUCGGUGGUUUUGGUCGAUACGUUUUGAAAACAAGAUUUUAGCUUCAUGUGGACAAUGUGUGUUAACUCCAACCCAAAUACUGAAGAGUCUGAAAAGUUUUAAGGAAGUACUUCAACAGGAGUUGUAACCUCGGCAGCACAUCUGGCAUGUGGUGCCAUCAGUCCCACCGGCAACGGUUCUUGCAAUUAGCUCCAGCUGUUAAUAAACAACCUGGUUUCUUCCUAUGGGAGCCUAUGCACAAGAUUUAACCGAGUUUUAUUUACCCAAAAGCUUGACAAGCCAGUGUUAUGUGACUGAAAUAAUUUGGGACAAAGCGUUCUCAAAUAUUCUUUGAAAUUAAUUUUAACUCUAAGCAGUUUGUCACACAAAUUUCUAAUGUGCUGCUAUACUCUCAGAAAAUUCACUUUGUGCUCAAAACUGCUGGAAUUGGAUAGCGUGCCGUAUUUUGUACAAGUACCCUAACAUCACGUCUGGCUUAAAUUAAUCCGUAACUAGAGAACUGGGGUUCGUUGCACGUUGUUAAUUGCUUACCGGUCCCUGGGUGUUUUCAAUGACCCUGGCACUGCCCCGCUCAGAGACUCUGGGACGCAGGGUUCCAUCUCUUCAAAAAGCAUCUGUAAGAUCUCUUGUUCCACAAAAAGGGACGGUUGCAGAUAACAGUCACUAGCAGCAACUCCCCCGUUCUAAAAUCGAGUUGCAAAUCAUUUAGCUGUUAAUCCGAGACAAAAAACACACCGGCAACAAGUUGGGGAAUUGGUAAAGCCGCCCUGGCUUCUAGGCCAUGCGUAGUGUGUUAACGUAUACAGUCACGCCUCAACUUAUGGCUCUGAUCGCCCCGAAUGAGACGGCAGAAAUACGUAUCCAAUGGUGCAAAACUCCGAAAGUUAAAUACUAAAAAUGUAUUACUACUUAAAACCGGUGAAUCGGCGGGCUCAGCCCUGCCGGGAGGCGGCGCCGCCGCAUCGAUGUCUCGGCGCUCGCGGCAGGCAGCCCAUCGACGGCUCGGCGCUCGCGGCAGGCGCCGUCAGCUCCGGCAUGGCCGGGCUCAUCAACUUCGAGGACGAGGAGGAGGUGAGGGGCUACCUGGAGAACCUGCACCUCGAGUACAGCUACCAGUGCUUCAAGGAGAAGGACCCGGACGGCUGCCAGCGCCUCGCCGACUACCUGGACGCCGUGAGGAAGGACUUCGCGGCGGCGGCGCGGGUGCUCCGCGGCAACUGCGAGGACCACGGCCACAGCGAGAGCUGCUACCGGCUGGGGGCCUACCAGGCCAUCGGCAAAGGUGGACUCGACCCAGAUUUGAAAGCUGCCUACAACUCUUUUAUGAAGUCAUGUGAGAAGGGUGGGAAGAAGUCAGUAAAUGCGUGUCAUAAUGUUGGGCUGUUGGCCCAUGAUGGGAGAGUAAACGAUGACAAACCUGACCCCGUUGUCGCUAGAGACUAUUACACAAAAGCCUGUGAUGGCAAUUUUGCUCCUAGCUGCUUCAACCUCAGUGUGAUAUACCUCCAAGGAGCACCUGGGGUCCCUAAGGACAUGAACCAUGCUUUGAAGUACUCGCUGAAAGGGUGUGAGCUGGGUCACAUAUGGGCUUGCGCCAAUGCCAGUCGAAUGUACAAACUGGGAGAUGGCAUUGAGAAGAAUGAUGCUAAGGCAGAGGAUUUGAAAAACAGGGCAAAACAGUUGCAUAAAGAACAGAAAGAAGCCUCAAGUUCUUUAAUAUUUGGGGAGUAAAACUGUCAGUUGCAGUUAGUAAGACUGCAGGUUUAAAUGGCAAGUGAACUUGUUAUUUAAAUUGUGAGUAUGCAGUUUUCAUUCAUAAUAAAUAAAUAUCCAAAAUAGAUUUUGCUUAUGCAAAUAAACUUCUGUUUUUGUGGAUGCAACAAACAUGACCAACUCUGCUGUGCCUUUCUACAUUUUUAAAUACACAAGUUCUUAAGUGUAUUGCUUAGAUCCCUUGUCUUUAAAAGGAAGGCAAAAACAGGCCUUUUGGAAGUUUUUCCCCGUGGUUUCAUGUAUGAAAGGCUCUCUUUCAUGUCUAGCACUUCAGUAUUGAGGCUUGUGCUCAGACCAAUUCUAACACACACACACACAAAAAAAAAUCACGGUUGCAAGGUAGUCCCAGCUUGGACAUUCAGAACUGUGCCAUCUCUUACAUGCAGUUGUGGAACUUCGGUAGUGUGCAGGCUUGGCUGAUGUCCUCUAAGGCUGCUUUGUAUCAGGAUGGCUUGAGAAACUUGAGAAGGUUUAUUUGCUGAAGGUAACAUUUGUUAUCUUAAGGUUGUAUUUAGACUUGCUGAUUUAGUUACUUUGUUGUCGUGGCAUCAAAACUGCACUUGUAACUAGGAGAAAAAAAAAAAGAUGACUUGUUAUAGGGAGAAAUAAUAAUUUGAUAUCUUGCUGAUCUUUAAAUUAUACGUUUAAUGUCAUCAUUUCAUCUGAGAAAUUUUGAUUUCGCAAUUCAGUCUGUAAGUUUUACAGGAUGUUACUAUAAUUAUUUCAUUUGUGCAAAUGUUUAUUAUUUGAUUGUAAAUCAGUGUUAUGGCAUUAUUGGAUGUACUUUGAUUUCUAAAUAAUUAAGCAUUCAGUUGGAGCCAAGCCAAAGAUUUCCUGUCCAAGAACGUUUUCAGUAAAAAAACCUGGGUUCAGGAAAAAGGGCCAUGUGGGAAAGCUGUGAAAAAACUGAGGGGUGGAUCACUUCAGCAGACAAGUAAAAGCUGUUCUAGAGCAGUGUGCAGUCUUGGGAUAGACUUAUCCUGAGCUGCUGCCUUCUUUAUUGGAGGUCUAGCUACAAAAUUGAAACAGAUUUCUGUUGGGUGACAACCUCUGAAUGCUGGUGCUCUGCCAUUCACAAUGUGAGCUGCAUCCGUGGGUGCUCAUUGAUUUGAAAUGCUCGCCUGUGCACACCCCUGCUCGGUGUGUGUGCCUGGCUCUGUCACAGACCUCGCUUUACCGGGAACACUAAUUUGCACAGGGAGUGCCUGUGCAAACCCCAUUGUCACUAGUCUCCUUCCUGCUUAACUUCAUGCUUUGGUGUUACACUCGGUCUGAUGACUGCUUUUUGGUCUCAUCUGCCAUUUUGAUAUAUUAAUUGGUAUUUCUAAACAUUGUGAUAUGAAUCUUCUAUAAUACUUCUUUUUUUUUUUUUCCUCC